UGGGUUGCGGAGUUCUCUGAGCGCCCUAUGUAUUUUUUGGAUAAUAAUGCAGAAUUAAUGGAUGAUUGAGCACCUCCAGGGACUAUGUUGCCCCUCAAGUGCUGUGGAUUGCGGAUCUCCUUUUGUGGAGAUAAAGCCUGGCUUGCCCGUUUUCGUCCUCCUUCACGUCCCACCCAAACCCUGAUUGCGUAUGCUCAAAAGCAGGUGAUUGCUGAGGUUAGGGAGAGGUCGAUUUCGCCCGAAAUUCACUCCCUCCCCUUGAUUGAGUAUUUAUGAUUUAAUGACUAGGCUGAGUUGAUAUAUGUGUACCGACAUAGGAGGAAUGAGUUCGUGGAUAAGGUGAACAGGAUGGCGAGGGCUUCGUCUACUGUAAGGGAAUCUGUAAGUAUUGAGGAUAGGACGAUAAAUGCCAACACGAUUGAGGCUGAGGUUAAAUUUGUCAAACUUUGGGGUGCUGAUUCACAAUUCCAUAGGGAGAAAGAUGUUUGCAAGACAAUGAUAACGGAUGAGGUGGCGAUGGAGGAUGAUGAAGAUGAGAUGACAAAAGAGGAGAAGGAGUAUAUGAGGAUGAAGGAUGUUGAGGUGGCGAAAACCAAAGUCUGUCUUGUCUCAACCAAGAAGAAAACCUUCUUGGAUAUGCGGAGGAAUGCAUUCCUCCCGCUUGCGUCACCCAGAUGGGUAGAAAAGAUGUCCACAACUUUCUCCGACAAUAUUUGGUCCCUCGAGACCUUUAAUCAUCUUGUUCCGUUGGAUCAGAGAGGGUACAGGUUGCUAGCAUCCCUUACACAGGAUGAGAUGAAGGCCGCGUAUGACAGAGCAUUAGAGUUGAACACGACACCGCCUGAUGUCAGGUUCCCCUUCAAUGGUGAGGGGAUUUUUCUCCCUCCCAUGAGCUCGAUGGACGUUAGUAAGUGAUCCCUCCCUCGCCCCAAUGUUUUGAUAAAGGGUAACAAAAUCCCUCAGAAUCC